AUGGGAAAAGAAAAUAUCUGGCUGCUGAUCGUUGGGAUUUAUUUUAUCAAGACCUGCGCUCCUCUCUCAAAUACCACUGAAUCACCCCUUUCCAAAAACAGCACUGAGACUGUAGUAGACUACAGUGAUGUAGAGUCCAAAUUCUCAGUACGCACUGCAGAGGAGCCAGACGAAGACGUGUGCUACCUCAUACCUGGGAAGCCUGAGACUAUUGCACAAUGUAACUUCAAUACUGAGGGCCAGACCUUCUUGAUAAUACACGGAUGGUCGGUGGCUGGACUUUUUGAGAGCUGGAUCUAUAAGCUCGUCUCAGCAUUGUUUGAGCGAGAACCGACCGCAAAUGUCAUUGUGGUGGAUUGGCUGCAUAGGGCAAGCCAACACUAUCCCACCUCAGCUGAAAACACCAAACUGGUGGGGCAAGAUGUGGCAAAGUUUGUCAACUGGUUAGAGGGCUUAGAAUACCCUCUGGAUAAGAUCCAUGUUCUGGGCUACAGUCUGGGAGCACAUGUGGCAGGGAUUGCAGGAAACUUAACUAACAGCAAAGUUAACCGAAUCACAGGUUUGGACCCAGCUGGCCCAAGCUUUGAGAAUGCAGAUUCUCUCAGACGCCUGUCUCCUGAUGAUGCUAAAUUUGUGGAUGUCCUGCACACCAACACCAGAGGCACUCCAGACCUGAGCAUUGGCAUUCAGCGUCCUGUGGGCCACGUGGACAUAUAUCCCAAUGGUGGUACUUUUCAACCUGGCUGCAGCCUGCAAAACACAAUGAGGAUGAUUGCCACCUAUGGCUUCUACAACAUGGACCAGCUUGUGAAGUGUUCCCAUGAGCGUGCAGUGCACUUGUUCAUUGACUCGCUCGUGAACCAAGCUCAGCAGAGCUGGGCUUACCGCUGUGGCUCUAAAGACUCUUUCAACAAGGGCCUGUGUCUCAGCUGCCGCAAGAACCGCUGCAACAAGCUGGGCUACAGCGUUAACAAGAUCCGUACAACCAGGAGCACCAAGAUGUACCUCAAAACCAGAGCGAUGAUGCCAUACAAAGUUUUCCAUUAUCAGAUUAAGGUCCACAUCUUCAACCAAAAAAAUGUAAGCCUGGUAGAGCAGCCGCUGAAAGUGUCCCUCUAUGGAACCCAUGGAGAAAGGGAAGAAAUCACUGUCACUAUGCCCGGUAUGAUUACCAACACCACCAUCUCUUUCCUGGUGACCUCAGAUGUGGACGUAGGAGAGAUUCUGAUGAUCAAGAUGCAAUGGGAGAAAGACUCCUACUUCUCUGGCUUCUUUGGUGCCAACGAAUUCAUGAUACGUAGACUGCGAGUCAAAUCUGGUGAAACACAAGCAAAGGCUAUUUUCCAAACCAAGGAAGGUGAAUUUGGAUACCUCAAACAGGGUGGGGACACUCUUGUCUUUGUGAAGUCCAAAGAAAAUCCAGUGAGCAGAAGGGAAGAGAGGUUACACAGAUUGAAAAUGCAUGGGAGUUUUUUCAAACAAGGUAUGAAUGAAGCAGAAAAGGAAAUGAAGGAGAACUCUUGA